UCAGCACCUCUCUUCCAGAACCAAGCAGCCCGCGUCCGCGUGGGGAAAGGGGACAAGCCGGUGACUUACGAAGAAGUCCACCCUCCGCACUAUAUUGCGCACCGGAAGGGAUGGCUUUCCCAGAACACCAGCCACCUUAAUGGAGAGCUGGGGGCGGCAGAGAGGGCCGUGGAGGAUGUCUUCAUCCGCAAGUUCAUCCACGGCACUUUCCAUGGGUGCCUGGCCAACGAGAUUGUGCUGAAGCGGCGUGCCAACACCUUGAUCAUCUGCGCCAUCUUCCUGCAGAGACUGCCCCCAUCCAAGUUCUACUUUCUGAUUGGCUACACAGAAACACUGCUGUCCUUCCUCUACAAGUGUCCUGUCAAGAUGGAAGUGCAGACAGUGCCCGAGAAGGUGGUCUACAAGUGCAUCUAGUCCCUGUCAUGGGAGCCUGGCUCUGGUCUGUCAGGUGGUCUCCAAAGCAGGGCUGAGGGCUUCUUGCUCCCUCCCCAUGGGCCUGGCAGGACUGGAAAUGGGGGCCCUUUUUGGUCUUGGUCAUUUCCUGAGGAGGAGGAUGCCCACAAGCAGAGACUCAGAGAACCUUGGUUGCUGCUGUGAAAGCCGUUGGGGUUUCAGGAUGCUGCUCAAAACAAAAAAAAUUAGCUGCUUUUCGCAGUUCCCUA